CAAUGACGUAGUUGACGCUGGGACGGUCCAUGUUUAGCAGCCUUCUUUUCUUUUAUAGGUCGAAUAACAUGGUUUUCAGACUUAGAUAGUCUCAUCAAUUGUGUUAUUACUGAAGUAUUCGUUUUACCAACCUCCGGUUUUCUCCGGCUCGGACGAAGAUGACGGAAUUAUCAGAUUUACUGAAAAACGAGGGCUGGUACCUCAGUGAUGAAGGCAUAUCAGAGCUCAAAGGUGCUGCAGAAAAAGUAACAGCCAGUGACAUCAUACGCAUUGCACUGGAUAGUGAUCUCAGGCCUAUUGGGAAGAAAUUUCUACCAACAGACAUCAACAGUGGAAAAGUUGAAAAGCUGGAGGGACCAUGUGUUCUCCAGGUACAGAAGGUGAGGAAUAUAUCCGCUCCUAAAGACCACGAGGAGUCCCAGGGUGCACCUCGAAUGCUGCGCCUCCAGAUGACAGAUGGCCAUACCACCUGUGUGGGGCUGGAGUUUCAACACCUGUCUAAGAUAAGUCUCAAUACUCCCCCCGGCACUAAAGUAAAGCUCCUUGGUACAGUUCAGAUUAAAAAUGGCCUUCUUCUCCUCGACGACUCUAAAAUCUGUGUCCUUGGUGGAGAGGUAGAUCACAUGGUUGAGAAAUGGGAACUUCAAAGGAGUCUGGCCAAACACAGCAGGAACAACAUUGGAGCAGAAGGCGGACCUCCUCCUUUUGUGCCUUUUGGUCAGAAGUGUGCCCGUAAGGAGGAAGUGGACAGUAAGGAGCUGGAUAAUAAGAAGACCUUACAGUCCCAAACUGUCGCCAAAAAUGCUGACGAAAAUGACGAGUUUGAAAAGCAGCGGACGGCGGCAAUUGCUGAGGUGGCAAAGACCAAAGAGGGUCCUCGUACAUUUGGCGGAGGUGGGAAUGCAGGAAGUAAUUUAUCCACCACUUCUACCUCUUCUCGAAGUCGGGAAUCAUUCCAGCAGAGAAGACGAGAAGAAAGACCUGAAAGAUCCGAUGGCAACUACAGAGAGCUGGUGGACGAGCGCGCGCUGAGAGACAUCAUUGAGAUGGGCUUUAACAGGGAGGCCGCCCGGCAAGCCCUGAUGGACAAUAACAACAACUUGGAGGUGGCACUUAACAGCCUCCUGACCGGCCAGUGUGGGAGCAGAGCCAGCCCCACCGCAUCCGAAUCUACCAAGUUCCAGCCAAGAGCCAGGGGUAGAGGAAGAGGCCGAUCCAGAAAUGAUGAUUCUGAGGAGGGAGGAGGAAGGCCAUCUGGACCAAGCACUUUAUUUGACUUUUUGGAGUCGAAGAUGGGAAAUCUCUCUGUUGAUGAGCCAAAGAGCCAUGCACCACAGCGACAAUUUGACGGCAAACCAAACUUUUCCAACUCUGAGCCCUACUUCAAAGGUCCAUCUCAGAGCAGGUUCUCCCACAACGACCACCGGCAGCAGCGGAACGACAGACCCCCUCGUUUCCAUAAAGACACGGACUUUCCCAAACCGGGCCAAGAUCCCGUCUCCAACCCCACACCCCCGACCACUGUGCAACCUCCGCAAUGGAAAGGUCACGAGAGGUCACAUGAAGACCAGACCACCUCUACGUUCUCCCAAACAUUCUCCCGAUCAAAGGGACCCCAGCAGCAGACGGACUUUACAGCUUCUUUCCAACAACACCAGUCCCGAAAUGGAGACGGUGUAAACGCAACUCACCGAAAAGGGCCAAAAGAUAACGCACCCAGAAUGACUAAUAACGCUGCGAUUAGCAAUGACUCAGAGGGAAAGGGGGGGCCUAAACGCUCUGAUAACCGAUUUGACGAAACAAAUCCCAACAACAGGAGGAAAGGCAAAGGUGAACGGCCAAAUUCUGAAAAUUUUGACAAGCUACAACGGGAUAACGGACCUGCGAACUUUAACGCAAGGGGAGGUGGAGGUAACCCGGGAUUCAGUGCGGGGGAGCAAUUGUGUUUCCAAAAUGGGGACGUUGAACACAAACGGACUGGGCCAAUUAAGCCGCCACAAAACUCAAGUGCGCCCCCCAUUAAAGAGGCUCCACCCAGGAAGAACAACAGUAACAAUAACAGGGGGUCGAAUAGGCGGCAGGCGGGGCAGGGCAAAGGUCACCGAGGGCAGGAGAGGAGUCAUAAUGCACAACACAUUUGGAGACCUGGGGAUCAGUGUCUAGCCCUGUACUGGGAAGACAACAAGUUUUACCACGCCAGGAUAGACGCAGUGCACCCGUCUGGCUCCACCGCAGUGGUGGUGUUCAGUGAUUAUGGAAACUGUGAAGAAGUCCUACUGGACAACAUCAAGCCUGUUUCUGCUGAUGGUCUGGAUGAAGAAGACGGUUACUACGACAACUCACUGGAGUUCCGUCGGGGGGGAGACGGGCAGCCCAGACGGAGCAGACCCACGCAGCAGUACUACCAGCCGCCCAGGGCACGAGACUAAAACCAGAAUUGUUAAAUGACAGAGCUUUCCCACCUCUUCCAUGGCAGAUGUGGCUGACUGCGCAGAUCCAGAGUGCUUCCUGAACUUUUAAGUGUCUGUUUCGCUCGGACACUAAACAUAAAGGGCUUAACUGAACAAAAUAUCCCCAAAUGAGCGCCUGUUGAUCUGGUCUAAGACAUAUCCACUGUAUAUGGUCUUCAGAUUUGUUAACUGGAUGCAUUAAAAUAAACUUAAUGUAUUAUAAAUAUAAA